GACUACCUGUUUGUCAUUUCCGCUUUUCUUUCCGGACUCAUUCAUUUUCGUUUUGCCCAGCGUCAAGACAUCCAGACCUUUCAAGCUAAGAAAAAAAGAAUUUCUCUAGGGAUGAAGUUGAACAUUUCCUAUCCAAUCACUGGCUGCCAGAAGCUCUUCGAGGUGGUGGACGAGCACAAGCUGCGGAUUUUCUACGAGAAGCGCAUGGGGGCCUCUGUUCCGGCGGAUCAGUUGGGCGACGAGUGGCAGGGCUACGUGCUCCGCAUCGCCGGCGGAAAUGACAAGCAGGGAUUCCCCAUGAUGCAGGGCGUUUUCAGCCAGCAGCGUGUCCGCCUGCUCCUCAAGUCCGGGCAAUCCUGCUACCGUGCCCGUCGCGAUGGCGAGAGGAAGCGCAAAUCCGUGCGUGGCUGCAUCGUCAAUGCCAAUAUGUCCGUGCUGGCCUUGGUGGUGGUUCGCAAGGGCGAGCAGGACAUCCCCGGCCUCACGGACAUCUGUAAGCCCAGGCGUUUGGGCCCCAAGAGGGCCAGCAAGAUCCGCAAGCUCUACAAUCUGGCCAAGGAGGACGAUGUGCGUCGCUAUGUGGUCCGUCGUCCCCUGCCGGCCAAGGACGGCAAAAAGGCCACCACCAAGGCGCCGAAGAUCCAGCGCCUGAUCACCCCGGUUGUCCUGCAGCGCAAGCGGAGGAUGAUUGCCGAGCGCAAGAAGCGGAUUGCUGCCUCCAAGGAGUCGGCCGCCGAGUACGCCAAGUUGCUCAUGCUCCGCAAGAAGGAGUCGAAGGCCAGGCGUCAGUCGGACAAGCGCCGUCGUUCGCUGUCCCUGCGCAGCUCCAAGUCGUCUAUUACCUCCAAGUCUUCGGCAAACUCCUCCACUUCGGCAUAGGGAUUCGACAGUAUUUCCCCCUAACAUGCAACAUUGGGAUCUCAAUAACUAUUAUCAAAUAAACUAGAG